AUGGGAAAUACACUGGCUUACAAAGAGGAAGCAACUCCAUCGGAAGCUCGAAUUCCUCUCGACUCCGGAGCAAAGCUCCAAACUUUGAACUGCAUUGUCACAAUCGAGCAUGGCGGCAAGCAGAUGACAGUGAUAGUGGACACCGGGACCCCUCUCUUCGACCCUGCUGCUUCACCUUCCUACCGGUAUAUCCCAUGCAACACUUCCACCUGUGAUUCCCUGCAGGAGGCCACCGGAAUCUCGAAUGUCUGCCGCGCCGACCGUCCGAGUUGCAGCUACGGGCUCAGCUACAGGGAGGGAUCCUACGCCAACGGAGUGUUGGCCAGGGACAACAUGAGCUUGGGGAGUGUUGGACUCUGGUCUCAUAGGGCUCGGCAGGUUCCAACUCUCCUUUAUCUCUUAAACAACACCUCAAUUUGGUGGCGUCUUGUCCUAUGUCUCCCAACUCAGGAAUUCGACUCGUUAGGGUCCUUCAUCUUAGGCAAUGACUACAAUGUCUUCAAAAAUUUGACACCAUCUGUAUAUAUACACUAA